ACUUGAGACAAUGGAGAAACUUUGCCCAGGUGUGUUCGGAGUUAUAUCUUUGUUGUUUCUGUUUGCUGGAUCAUUAUCACCGGGAUGGCUGGUGCUGAAUGUUUGGCAUUUCACCGACUUGAGUGAUCCCGAUACUGCAGAAGACGCCACUUUACACCUUGGAUUAUUUUACUUACUACAAGUUGGAGAGAACGUCUCAAUUUCAUUAGGAUACGAUUCUAUACCUGACGAAGGGGCAUCUUACGGCGCGGAAGAGUUAGCCAGGGAUUUCUUAGAAUAUCAGAUCGAGGUCAUCGUUGGAAUUGUCUUAUGUAUACUGUCGCUGAUACUUCUGACGUCAUGCUACAAACAGUACAGUCCGCCAUCUAUAUUAAUGUGGCCAAUUAUAACUGGAACUGGUGCAGGAAUAGCAACCGGGGUUGCAAUUUGUCGGUGGCUUACGGAAGUAAUUGUUCAGGCAAAAAAAGCAGACGUAAUCAUGGAAGUUCCUUAUUCCAUAAUAUUAAGUGGAAUCGGUGUACUGUUUUGUAGCAUAUACUUGAUUUUAUUAAUUGUCAUGUACAAUAAGCAUUUGCACAACGGAUGACGUCAGCCCCAUAACCCGAUGACGUCAGCUCCAUUACCCGAUGACGUCAGAUCAAGAUAGGAACGGUAUUUUCUAUUAUUACAGAAUAAAGAGUAUUUUAAUGUUUUA